AAAGACGCGCGAAGGAGACAGAGUAAAACAGUGGUGAACCAAGACUUUUUGACAGAAUGCAGGAAGACGGGAGUCGCAAUGCCUCUUAUACGGUGCUGUGUGAGGACUAUGUCCACGUGGUGGAGUUCAGCCCAUUUGACUGUGGCUCACCUGCUUCAUUACUAGCCUAUGGAGGAAAUCAAUAUGUAGUUGUGGGCACCUGUCGCUUCAAGGAGGAGGACAUGGAGGUUGAAGGGGUGGAAUUUAACACCCUACGUGUUUUCCUUCAUGGGGUCCCUGUCGAUGCUUUGGCCUGGAGUCCUGAAUCCCGAUUGGACAAACUUCCCCAGCUGAUCAGAUUUUGUACUGCGGCCGCUGACAGGAAGCUCAGGCUAUUGACCUCUGAUCUCCAGGACAAACACGAAAUGAAGGCAAUGGAAGGACAUACGAGUUACAUCAAUGACUUAGUGUUUGAGCCCACAGAAGGAAAGCAGAUAGCUUCUGUCAGUGAUGACCACACUUGCAGGCUUUGGGAUCUUGAGGGAAAUGAGACCGCUGUGUUCAGACUCAGCUCGCCUGGCAUGAGUCUAUGCUGGCACCCUGAAGAAGUCUUUAAGCUGAUGGUUGCAGAGAAAAAGGGAACAGUUCGUUUUUAUGACCUGGUUACCCAGCAGGCCAUUUUGUCACUGGACUGUGGGCAGACACCACUCCUGUCUGCAGACUGGUGUCUGAGUAACACUGUCAAAGUUGGCGCCGUGACAGGCACUGACUGGGUGAUCUGGGACAUCACCCGCUCCAGUUAUCCUCAGGAAAGGAGACCUGCCCAUGUGGAUAAAGCACGACUUUUUAGAUGGUCUCGAGCAAAUGAGAAUCUCUUCUCCACCAUGGGAUGUCCAGGAAAAAUCAACAGUCAGUUAUUGGUGCAUCACCUUGGUCACCCACAGCCCAUAAUGAUUGGCUCUGCCACUGUUGGGGCGGGUCUAAGCUGGCACAGAACCCUCCCCCUGUGCGUGAUUGGAGGAGACCGAAAGCUUUCUUUCUGGCUAACUGAGAUGUGAGCAGCGUCCAAAAUUUUGAUAGCUUUUG